AUACACUCUCUGGCCAACCAGGCUUAUCCAGUCCACAACUCCUUUCUCCACAGGGAAUAAAUAUGGGAGAGAAACGAACACCUAACUUGGUGAAGAAGGAGCCUGAGUUGAGAAUGCCACUUCACUUGGCCUGCCUCCUCCUCUGUCUCUGUUUGCUUUACCUCCCUCACUGCUCCACGCCUCAAAUUAUCGGGGGUGUUCCUGUUUUGUCAGGCCCACCAAGGAAAUGUGGGACCGAAGAAUUCUUCAAUAUUGAGACAGGCCAGUGUGGCUCCUGCGCCCAGAAACAGAUGCAGAGCCCUGACGAGUAACCUGCCACCCAACACACUCUGGGAAUCCAUGUUCCUUGACGACAGUUUCCUGAGUUGCAACAACACCUGCAAUGUGACGGCCUGCCAAAUUCUCACAAACAUGGUCAUUUUGGAAGCCUUCUCUUUACAAAACCGGGCCUAUGAUCUCUAUAUGAAGACCAAAAGCCAAGAUCUUCCAAAGCUGUGGUACGGUAGUCUUGGAGGAACUUCCCCUCGGAUGGUUUUUGGGAAGACUUUGAAGAUUGACUUUAAGGUCAUAAAGUACAAUGUGCUUGGAAAGUUCUUAGGCUGGGAAGACGUGAGAGGAGAGACAUUGCAACUCUGCCCUGACAGACAGAGUGUCCUGGAUGCUGCCUUUGUGUUUGGAACAUCAUACAGCCAGUCUUGCACCCUCGACGUCUCGGCCCUACUGCAAGGUGUCCCUGAACCUGUCUUUUAUGAGAUGUUCUUACAGUUUGAGGAUGAAGAAGGACGUGUCCGACUGUGGCCAGUCCCUGUAGAGAAUCCAGCAAUACUUACAAACAACCAAGCAUCCUACCUCCGAAGAUUCUUUCUGGUUGAUGGGCUCUCUGGCAGAAAAGUAAACCUGACAAAUGUCCCAGCAACUGUUACAUUUGCAUCAGAAUUGAUCCUCAGUGUAUACCUGCCAACCGGGACUCCUGGAGGAGACAACCCCCCUUUCCUGCUGACAGUGAAAUAUGCAACGCGGAGCAGCACCCGAGUUGCUCAGGUGUCAUUUUCAGUCUCUUAUAUUCAGGAUCCUGGAACGGCUCAGCAAGCUACAGAUAUUGCAUUUGGAGUCCUGGGAUUCCUUGCAAUCAUCUAUGCUUUGCUGGAGACCAGCACUUGGACCCGGCGAUCUCGACUUCCAAACAUAAGCUUUAUGGUCAUAGUGAAAUUCUUUGCCAACUUCAGUGGAUCUCUAGCAAAUGUCUUUUUCAUGGUCAGCCUUGGAAUUGGCAUUUAUUGGCUCAUAGUUUUCAAAGGUCAGCAAUUUUCUGCAGUUGAGAGGACACUUCCCACUGCUGGGAGCCAAAUAGAGACCAACUUUAUCAUCUACUUGUUGUCUGCUCUUGUGUUAAAGAGCUUGGACCUCAUACAUAUUCUGAUAACCCAGUUAACAGUUUCCAUCUUCCUGAUAGACUGGGAGAAGCCAAAGGAGAGAGGAACAGCAAAAGCAUCUAUGGGAUAUCAGAAGGCUACUUCCUCUGUGAGUGCUUGGAGAACUUUUCUGAUCGCUAAUGAGUGGAACGAGAUCCAGACCCACAGAAAAGUGAACCCUUCACUCCAGUUGUUUGCCGUGUUGCUGCUGCUGGAGGUGGUGGGGCUUAAGAACCUCACAUCAAGAGACCUGAAUGUGAAUCUGCACCCAGGACCAAAUGCCUAUCAUGCUCCUUGGAGCCCGAUUCUUCGGUUUGGGAUUGCUGCUUCUGUUUGGCUGGCAGUGGGGAUUGUACAGGUGCUGUUUUCUGUUGGGUUAUAUGAGCGGUUUGUAGAGGACAAGAUUCACCAGUUCGUUGAUCUUUGUUCCCUGAGCAAUGUGUCAGUGUUCAUUUUGACACACAGAUGUUAUGGUUUCUACAUCCAUGGGAGAAGUGUCCAUGGACAGGCAGAUGUGGGCAUGGACACCAUGCUCACCUAUAUCAGGAAGGAAGAGGAGAACCUCUGUGCUCUGAGAGGCCUGGAGGCCUACUCUGAUGUGCAAACAUUUGAGGUGCUUCUUACUGACAGGACUCAAGCAUUUUAUGACAGAAUAACUCUAUCUUUCAUGGAGGUUCCCAGAGGAGCCCACAUCCGACCUGACCUUCACAAACAGAGACUAAAUGGCUACUUUGCCUUGAACCAUUUUCUGGUCUCCUUUUUUGAACAUAGGUACAAAGAUAUGGACUACAUGGUGAAGGACAAAUUUUUCCUGGAGCGGAUCAUGGACAUGGAAUUCCAGGAACCAGGGGACAUUUCCACUCUCUAUAAUGAUGACCGUGCGUUAUUUAGCAGAACACUUUUCUACAAUCACGAACUGGUGCUGCUGCUCUUUGAAAUCCUUGUCUUCUCUGCUGUGGAUUUGGCAGCACAGGAUUAUGUAUUGUCAACAAUUGUGACCUUUGUCGUGCAAAAGUUUGUGAAGAUGCUUCGCAACACACUUGGAAGGAGGAACCUGGCUGAGAAAACCUUGGUGGAGAAGCUAUUCCUAAUCUAGAACUGAACAACAAGCUGUUAAUCUUGAUUCUACCUGUACAUACCCUGGCUGUGGGGUUGCAGCUGCUAAUUGAAGAUGCAGUGAAACAUUUAGGACACCUUAUCUGUUUAGCCCCAGAACUGUGGCAUGCACAUCUUUCAUAUGAAUUACAGAACUCUGCCCAGGAAAUCUGUUCUUGCUGUCAAAGUUCAGUGCCAAAGCAUGUGAAGUAGCAUAAGUGCCUUUGAGCAUUGGCCAUGUAUCUUUCCCAAAGUAGCAAUGAAGUGACAGCAAAUCUUCACAUACCUAUUUUAAGUUGCAUGGCUUCCCAGCACACAUGGGCCUUAGCACUUAUUGGCUUGAAAUUGUCAGCACUAGUGGGUGUGAAUUGGUAAAAAAGCAAAACAAAACAAAACGCCAAUACUGUGCUCCUGCAUGUUCCAACAGGACAAAAACAAUCACAGACCAUGGCUUCUGCUGUCAGUUGCUGAACAGAAGGUAGUGGUUGGACUGCAGCAGAGUGGCUUAAACUCAUG